UGGAGGAAGCGAGGCGGGGCGCGAACGCGCUCCCGAGCCCGGCGGCUCCGGCAGAGCAGCCUCGCAGAAACACGAUGCGGCCACCGGCCGGCCGAGCGCGGCUCCCGCGCGUCUUGAUGCUGCUGGCCGCGCUGCUGGCCACUGGCCGAGGGUUCCCACUGAGGAAGCGAGGUCCCGGGCCCCACGGCCACUCGAGGAUGGCGGAGCCUUCACCUGCCCCAGAUCUCAACUCCCGCAAGGAUAAGGAGACAACACCAGGAUUCCCUGGAGACCAUCUGCAGACAGAACCAUGUCAACCCAGAUGUCAGACCAUCCCUGAGCCAGCAGCUCUGACUCUGGGUACAGCCACCCCUCCCAGGACCCUGGAACACACCCCCCUGCUGCUGGAGCUGCAGAAGCUGCCAGGGUUGGCCAACACAGACUUGAGUGCACCAAACCCCAAUAUCCAGGUGACCAUCGAGGUGGUGCAGGACCCUCAGACUGAGGUAGAGAUGGACCUGCCUUCUGAGCCCAGCAAUUUCUGGCCCCUGCGUGCCCCUAGCUGGUUGCCCACCAGGGAAUUCUUUUGGCCCCUCUUCUGGGGUUACCAGGAAAGUGAAGAUGGAGCCACCAGCCUCAAAGACAGGGCUCCAGGGGAAGCAGAGGAGGAAGAAGGAAAGGACUAUGCUGUGGAGUAUGGCGAGGGUGAGGACCAAGACGGCACCGAAGAAGAUGAGGAUGAAGGGCAUUGGUCCAGUGGGGCCAUAGACAACUGGGACUAUGGCUGGUUGGGUCCUCAGGACCCGGACUUCCGGGAACCAGACAGCUAUGACUAUGAACCUCAGGAGGAUUGGAGCACCUGGUCUCCUUGCAGUGGGAGCUGCGGCAGCGGCCACCACCAGCAGAGGACAAGGCCCUGCGGCUAUGCCUGUACUGCCACAGAGUCCCGAGUCUGCGACCUUCCCCCCUGUCCUGGCACCGCAGAGGAGAACACAUUGGGCUUUCCCAGUGAGGGGCGGCAGCCCCUUGCACACAAUGCUACGGAUAUGCUUGAUCCAGAUGUGGACAGCUGUGAGAAGUGGUUAAACUGCAAGAGUGACUUCCUAGCUAAGUACCUGAGCCAAGUGCUCAAGGACCUGCCCAGCUGCCCGUGUGCAUACCCGCUGGAGGCGGUGUACAGUGCCGUGAGCCUGCAGGACGAACAUCAGGGCCGCAGCUUCCAAUGGCGGGAUGCGAGUGGCCCACGGGAGCGUCUGGACAUCUACCAGCCUACGGCACGCUUCUGCCUGCGCUCCGUGCUGUCUGGGGAGAGCAGCACAUUGGCCGCCCAGCAUUGCUGCUAUGAUGAAGGCAGCCGGUUGCUGACCCGUGGCAAAGGGGCAGGAGCUCCGGACCUAGUCAGCACCGACUUCUCACCUGAGCUGCACUUCAAGGUAGAUACACUGCCCUGGAUCCUGUGUAAGGGGGACUGGAGCCGUUACCACACUGUGCGCCCCCCCAACAAUGGCCGGGCCUGCGCAGACAACCCACCAGAGGAAGAGUACCUGGCUCAACUGCAGGAGGCCAAAGAGUACUGAAGAGAAAUUAAAGAAUGGUCCUUCUGCCCUUUACCCUGCCCCUGUCCAGACUGGGCAAGUAUUAGGGUUCAUCUGAGAGGCCAUCAGGCAUGCAUAUCCCCUUCUUGUGACCCUGAGUCAGGAGAACCCAGACAUUUCAAGGUCUGGUGAGGGGGCGUGUCAUAAGGCAUAAGGCCCCUGGGAUGUGUUGGGAAUGUGUCUGAAGGGGAGGAGCUAUCCCAGUCUGGCCAUGAGCCCUUUCCCCUUUCUCUCAGAACGGGGCCCCUUCAGGCUUUCCCCCUGUCCGGGAUUGAGCCAGGGUGGUCCAGAUACAUCCCUGAGGUCUGAGGCAAGAAAGGAUGGUCCUUUCAUCUGACCCUACAGAUGCUUUUUGCUGGGCUAACAGAACUCGGGUGACUACCCCUCUUUGUGGCACACAGCUUCUAUCCUGUCGCAUGCUGUGAGGCCAUCAGUGGGCUCAAGCAGUCAGCGGAGCUGAGGGGAGAUUGGUUCCAGGCAGGGAACCACCAGCUGUUUCUGGUCCUUCUUUGUUCCAUCCCCAGAUGACAGCCAUGGCAGCCGGGCUUGGGAUGAGCUCAGUACUACAGGUGGGCUCAGGAGGGUAUCACCUGCCUGUAUCGAGUGUAGCCAGGCAAACAGUCCCAAUGUCGGAUGUGGGUCAUUUUGUGGUGUUGGUACCCACACUGGUGGCCCACCUAACGUCCCAACGUGGCGCCACUGAAAGCACUGGACUUGGGAGGUGUGCCUUGGCUCCUAGCACACCUAUGUCUCUUCCCAGACACCUGUCAUCCCCCAAACCACACUUCCUUGGUUUCUCUGGACCUGAAAUGCUGUAGACUUUCUGUCUCCACUCACAGAUCCUCCAAAAGGGCUUGGUGGGGAACUUGAGUCCAGCCCCAUCCACAGCUGUCUGGAAGCUGUCCUGGGAUUCUCAGCAAUAAAGCACUUUAUUUUCACAUAGAGUUUGACAAAGGAUUUGGGGCCUGGCAGGAUGGAGGUGCAGAGGCCCUUAUCGCCCAGCUCAAGCUCCCAUCGGCUGGCUUUGUGGUCACCCAGCCCACAGCCAGCUCCAUUCCUUUCCCUGAAGCAGUUGCCCUCAGUGCUCCACAAACACAGGCUAGACUCUAACCACUAGUUAUCUCUUUCACACCCAGAAAGGGACGCCUUUGAGCCAGUCUAGGAGAUGGCUAGACCUCAGAGGCACAGAACUCCAAAUUAUGACACAGGUAAACUGCAUUUACUCCACAGGGAAGUGGUGCCACUUCUCUGUGUGAUUGGCUUGGAGGAUAUCCAACCUGAAAUGAGAGGUGGAC